AGGAGGUUAUAUGUGGGGCGUCAUUUAUCACAAGCAUAUCAGUACAAUGGACGACACAGUAGGAAAGUCGAUUACAUGUAAGGCUGCGGUUGCUUGGGAAUCAGGAAAACCUCUUUCCAUAGAAACCAUCGAAGUGGCGCCACCUAAAGCUAAAGAAGUUAGAGUAAAGGUUCUAUAUUCAGGAGUAUGUCACAGUGACCUAAGUAUACUGAAUGGGUCUGUUAGGGGAAGGUUCCCUAUUAUUCUUGGACAUGAAGGAUCGGGGAUAGUGGAAAGUGUAGGCGAAGGAGUAACGGACUUUCAAGCAGGAGAUCAUGUAAUACCUCUUUAUAUGCCGCAGUGUAAUGCAUGCAGAAGUUGUAAGAGUGGAAAGACAAACAUAUGUGAAGAAUUUCUAGGAAAAACCCAUGCAUUCGGAUUAAUGACUGAUGGUACCCCUCGUUUUACUUGUGACGGGAAACCAGUCUAUCACUUCAUGGCUUGUAGUGCUUUCAGUCAGUAUGUUGUACUGCCACACAUGUGUGUUUGUAAGAUUGACAAUACUGCCCCUUUGGAAAAAGUUUGUUUGCUUGGAUGUGGAAUAGCUACAGGUUAUGGGGCCGCACUAAACACAGCUAAGGUAGAGUCAGGUUCUACGUGUGCAGUAUGGGGACUCGGACCAAUUGGUUUAUCUGCAGUAAUGGGAUGUAAGAAGGCUGGAGCUUCACGUAUUAUAGGAGUUGAUAUCAACCCGGAAAAGUUCGAAUUAGGUAAAAAGUUUGGUUUGACAGAAGGAAUAAAUCCCAAGGAUUAUGAUAAACCAAUACAGGAAGUGUUGAUGGGAAUGACAAACGGUGGUGUUGACUAUACAUUCGAAUGUAUUGGCAACGUUAAUGCUAUGAGAGCAGCUUUUGAUUCAUGCCACAAAGGAUGGGGCAAAACUAUUGUACUAGGAAUUGCUCCCACAGCUGAAGAAUUUUCAACAAAUCCUUUUUCAUUUACUUUGGGUAAACACAUACUGGGAUCAGUUUAUGGAGAAUGGAAAGGGAAGGAUGAUGUACCAAAGUUAAUAGAAGGAUACAAUAAGAAGGAAAUACUGCUAGAUGAAUUCAUUACACAUACAAUGGCAUUGGAGAGAGUAAAUGAGGCGUUUGACCUCAUGCGUGAAGGAAAAAGUCUUCGAACAGUUAUAAAUCUGUGGCCUGAUACUAACAGUGCAGAAAAGUGAACUGUGAAUUACAUUUAUAUAACCUUUAUCGUUAUUAUAAUUUUCAUGUACAGAAAUUAUUGAUACUUAAUUUUGUUUCAAAUUUGAGUACAAAUAUUUAUAAAAUAUAUAGAUAGAUUUAUGCUUUUUGUUUCGAAUUCACGAAGCAAUUGUCUUGUGCAAUAUAUUUUGAAAAAUAAACAGGAUCUCUUUAAUAUGAUUAUAA